UUUAGAUGAAAAGUUCAAUGCAAAAUUGAUAUAUUAUUUCAUAGCAGAAUGUGUAACUAUCACAAAUUAAAAAAACACACACUAUUUUCUAGUAAAGAACUGGGCCUUUAAACAUCUGCAUACAUGCAUGAUUGACCGUCAGUCGUGUAUUGUAUAAAUAUUUUAUUCAAGAAAAUUAUCCUUAUUUACAUUUCUCAAAGAUACACAUGAUUUCAAAUUUUGCUAUUUAUCGGUACGUGUAACAAUAAUAAAAGUUCUGAUGUCAGAUGUUUUUGUUUGGAAUUAUGUAAAGUGAAGAGAUUAAUCAUAAUUUGCUGAGUAAACGCCUGUAAGUUUUUUUUAUUGUAUUUGUGGUCCUUAACGAACGUUUCUGUAUCUAUAUGCAUGUACUUCUGUUUUAAGCAUCGCAAAUGAUUUAUUUCUUUUUUUCAAUUGUUAUGAUAUUUAAAAGUAAAAAAAAAGAAGACAUAAAUUAAUUUAACUAUAAUAAUGGUUUGAUAUCUAAGUAAAGCAAAGCACUUCGUAGAAAGAUCUUUUUGGAAACGCAUUGCUUUAAUACAUACUUAACAUAUCUGCGUAGUGGAAGUCGACAAAAUUACCUACUACACAUUUAAUGAUAAGGAAUAAAUAUGACCUAAAAUCUAACACUUGUAAAAUUCUGAAAUAACGAUGAGGAUUGUUUUAGUUUUACUUGCGAUCACAAUAUGGAAACCCCAACAUCAAGCUGCAAAGACUACGUGUUAUAAUGGAUGGCUUCAGUUCAAUGAGUCAUGUUACCUGUUUGGCCAUAAUCCUGUACACUUUACAGAAGCAGAGCACUUCUGCAGGCAGCACCAUAACAGUCAUUUAAUUCACAUCAACGACAAGUUUGAAAAUGCCUACAUAAAAGACAUGUUGAGACAAUUCAAAGCCAACAGCUGGUGGAUGGGGCUUACGGACGAAGAAAUAGAAGGCGUUUGGAAAUGGUUUGACACAGAAGAAGUAACGUCAAUCACAGACUGGGGUACAAAUCAACCCGAUAAUUCUGGUGGAGAGGACUGUGUUAUUUUCUAUGAGGGGUUUGACUACCAUUGGGCUGAUGUUUCAUGUACACAGAAUUAUGUACCACUAUGUGAAUCAAGCGGUGAAGCCUGUACAGGUGAAACAGAAAUGGUCGGAUAACAAAGCACUGCAACAAGGAUGCAAUAAAUAUGUUUUGCA